CUCGGAUCCGCUUUGUCCCACAGGUUACCCACAAGUUUCCCACAAAUCCAUUCUUGUAGGGUAUACCUUGGACCGUUUUCUGAGUCUGAGAAUCUGAGCUGGCGAUAAUUUCAGGGUGGACGUGACAAAGCUCCUUCUUGGCUACUCCGCUGGACCCAGUACGAUCGUGGUCUGUCAUUCCGAUUGGGCAUCUUUCAUCCCACCUGAACCUCAGAGAAACCUUAACGUCGUUCUCUGCUCCAUGAAAAGAUAGAUAUCCUUCAGGGUUGGAAACCUUAUGUUAUGGAGACAACGGAACAGGUGCAUUUGUAGAUCGGGUUUUUCAUUUCACAGGUACAUGUAGACCUUAUAUAUCCUCCAUGGUGUUCCUUGAGAUGGAUUUCUUAUUCUUGAAAUUUGGUUAUUUUUGUUCUUGUCGCUGCAGAUUGGGUGAUUGAUUGAUCGCGAGCUAUGAAAAUGGGUGACACAACAUUCACAGCAUCGGCAUGGCGUGUGCUGAUUGUGUGUAUCGUGUUUGCUAUUUUGUCGCUUUUCGCAGUCUCGCUGAGGUUGAUCUCCAAAUUCUACUUCUUGAAAAGCGCUAGGAGAGAGGAGGUAGUGGGAAUACUGAGCGUGGUAAGUUGAAUGCUUUGUCGGGAUACAUCUAAAGAAUGCUGUGCUGACAAACACUCCAGUGCUGUACCUUCGGAAUGAUCUAUGUUGUUUGGGGUGGUAGGUAUCUCUAAAUUUGUUCUCAAGUGUAGGCACUAAUAUGAGUGUAGAGGCUACUCACGGACUGGGUGAACAUAUUGCCGAUUUGCCCAAAGAUAAAUUAAAACGCUUCCUAAAGGUUGGACCCCUGCCCAGUUAUCUGCUUCGUUGAAAACUGAUAAUUUUCGGUGUAGUACUUUUGGGUAUCAAUUCUGCUGUAUUGCGUUGGAAUUACUUUAGCCAAAAUAAGCAUCUGCAUCGGCUAUCUUCGGGUCUUCACCACUGGACAUGCGAGAAAUGCUUCUCGCGCAGCGAUGGCGCUUACUGUCCUCUUUGGGGUUCAACUAAUACUUACAAACAUCAUUUCCUGCAUUCCUGUUCGCUCUUUCUGGGAUGUCGAUAUUCAGGGAAAAUGCAUUCCAAAGGCUCCUCUCUUCAUGUUCCAGGCUGCCUUCAACAUCUUUCUCGACAUGUUUCUUUUGGCCAUUCCACUGCCAGUUCUAUGGGGUCUUUACAUGCCUCUGAAGCAGAAAAUGCUAUUGUCGGUUGUAUUUAUGCUUGGUGGAUUGUACGUAAACUGCAAGUGCUAUUGAUUGGGCUAAAUUCUAACUUUCAGCAGUGUUGUCUUAGUUAGCAUUCUGAGACUUACUAGCCUACACGUUGUGUCGGUCAGCAAUGAUGUUAGCUGUAAGCUCAUUCCGCGCUCUUUACGUACCUUGCUAACAACUCCCAAGUCGAUAACGCAAACGCAUUUAUGUGGUCUGCCAUCGAGGUUAACGUAGCGAUUAUUUGCGCAGCUCUUCAGAGUGCCCGUCCUGUGAUCGCAUAUAUCUUUCCCAGAGUUUUUGCCAGUCUUACAACCAAUUCCCGGUCCCGCACAAGAGGCCAACAUUACGAAUUGAGUAACACCACUGGAACCCACAAUACUUUCAAACGAAAUACCAUACCUGCGGUACCUAACUCUGGGUUGUUCUCUAAGGUCUCGGCAGGGGCACCAAUAAAAUCAUACCGUUCAUCCCACGGAGGCUCUCAAGACACGAUUGUCAGAAGCGAGGACGAGACGAGGAAAGAACUGGGUACGAUUAUGGUCACAAGGGAGAUACAGAUGGAGAGACAUGUUGAGCAUGAUAUGGAGCAUGAGGACCGAAGCCGCAGGAACGAUCCAGGCUCAUUUGUUUGAAAUUUUAUUUGCUUUUUUUGUUAGAAAAUAGAUGAUAUAAUGAUAU